AUGAACUUUGUCGUCAUUCGAUCACCGAUCAAUCGUUUUAUCUCAAUCUACAAAUAUCUUUGCUUUUUUGCGAAAUCUUGUGGCAUUCAUGCAAAGAAUUUCACAAGAAUGGUUGAGCAAUUUGAUUUGAUGUUAAGAACUGGUCAAGAAUUUGAGGGAGAAGUGCAAUUCCCGGGUUUUUAUGUGCGAGAUCAUAUGAAACCGCAAUCAUGGGAUUGUGAGUUUCAUAAACAUCUAAAUGAAUAUCGAGUUAUCAAUUACGAGAAAAAUCUCCGAGAACAAUGGGAAGCAAUCUUUCUUGAAGCUGGGAUUUCGAAAGAGAUUACAAAAAAGGUU